GUUCGUAUGGUGACACUAGUGACAGGAGCAAUUUGAAAUGUGUAAACAAAAUAAAAAAUUUUAGUGUCUUUUCCAUGCUCAAAUUAUUAUAAAUACCCACUACUUGAAAUUGUCUAUCUAGAAUCAUUGAUGUCUAAAACCGCCAAGGUCCUUCACAAAUUAACAGAUAUGCUGAUUAACGUCUCGAAUCAUUGAAUAUCUCCUUAAUGUAUAGAAAAUAUGUUCAUUUAAUAAAAAACUGCCAAUUAGUAGGAAUGGAACCCUUAGAUGAUAUUUUUACGUUACAACUCAUAACUUUAUUCGAUUCAUUAAGUUUUGGAUUGAUAUAUGCAUUUCUGCCUCCAUAUAUAUUUGUUCUCGGAGGAAGCCAUGUGACUAUUGGAUUUUUAGCCGUUACAACUUUAAUUGCACAACUUCUGUCUUCCGAUAUUAUUAGGGAUCUAAUACAUUUUCAAGGCAGAAAAACUGCUCUUUAUACUAUUUUUAAUAUUGCCGCUAUAUGCCACGCUCUCCUUUUCCUCACCAAUAGCUCUUGGUUUACUAUACUUGCCAGAUGUAUUUUUGCUGCAACAAAUCAAUCUAGCUCUUUAACCAAAGCGAUUCUAAUGAAAAAAGUUCCUAGCGAUGAGACUCAAUACCAGUUGAUAAUAUUCAACAUCUUAAGUUCUUCUGGAUACAUAAUAGGACCUAUAUUGACCGGUUGUCUAUUCGACAUCAGUUUUGCUAUUUCUUGUUUUUUGGCAUCAGUUUUAACUAUAAUAAAUAUAUGUUUAUUGACGACAGUUUCUCAUGAAGAUGAUGAUUCUCCGUCUGAAGGCAGUGAUUUGUCAGUAAUGAAUAGAACAGCGCAAUAUAUCAAAGAUGCAGUCCAACAUUUUAAUAAUUCGGAUUACAAAACUAACUGGGACUUGAUUUCAAUGAAGUAUAUGUUCACUGCAAGCACCACAAUAUUUUUUUCAAAAUUCACACAAAUUUUGAAGUACAAUUUUCAAGCUGAUUCGGUAGCUAUCGGUUACACAACUUCAUACAUGAACGCUCUAAUGUUUAUUGGUAUCUAUUUGUGUAAUAAGUUCAAAUCUAAAAUGUCACAAGUACCUAUCAUAUUGAUUAUAAAUGGUGGAUUCAUCGUACUCUUGGUAUGCACUUUCCUUGCUUGUUAUUCUCCCGUUUAUUCCAUAUAUGCUGCGUUGUGUAUUCCCAUAGUUCUAGCAAGGACUUUAAUUCUAGAUUAUUGGGAGGAUUUAGUGAAUGACAGGAAAAAUACAGAUUUGAAAGUACUGGGAAAUUCUAUAAGUAUUGGUGCUGGAUUAACAGUACCUAUUGUGUUUGGUAUUUUGUGCAACCAAAUCGGACAUCACGCUGUUAUUAUAUUCUCAGUAUUACCAUUAGUUGGAUCUUUGAUUAUUUUGAAUCGUUACAUGGCUCCCAAUCGUUACAAAAUAAAAUGAUAUAAAUCAACUUUAUAUUUUUAUAAUUAUUUUAAAUAUAUAUAAAAUCAAAACUUUAAUUUCUCAAUGGAAGGAUCUUUGUAAUCUUUUUUUAUUACAACCAAAAUUGGUAGAUUCUUAGUUACCCUAUGGGGGCAUCUACUAUUUUUUAUUUAUUUAUUCAAAUUAAUAUGUCAGAAUUGUUGUUUUUCCUUGUGCAAUUUUUAUCAACAUCAAACCCCUAGCUGGAUCAGGUCCGCUUCAAAGUCCUUCAACCAGCUUAGGCGCGGUCUUCCAGGAACUCCAUAUAAGGCUCUGCGCUAGUAUCGAUCAGAAGGCAUCUUCUCCACGUGUCCCAUCUACCUCAGACGCCCCCAUCCCCAAAUUAACGCUACAAUCUGCCUCAGCUCAGCAUUCGUCCGGAUCCUCCACGCACCGUUCUCACAAACAGAGCCAUGUGUUCGUCAUGUCGAUGUCUCCAUCUACGGAAUGGGUUAUUUUCUUGUAAAUUGUGGAACUUUGAUCAUCAUGAAAGCCCUCAAAACUUGAACUCUUAAACUCUGGACUACCCAGAAGCAUUUGUUCCCCGUGCAACUCUUGUUGUCACGUCAUUAUCUUUAGUUAUCAAGACCCCAAGAUAUUUGAAUUGGUGACAAACUGGGAGGCGAUAUUGUUUGACUUGGAACGUGGUCUGGGAGGUCCGCGUUCUCCUUGAGGUUCUCAAAAUAUCAAAAUAUAAAUGUCUAAAAACUAAAAAGUAAAAGAAAUUUAAUCAAAAUGUUACUAAAUGUCUCGUUAGUUGAAAUUGUUUUAAAUAAAUUUUAUCACAAAUUAUUUAUUUUCGUAGUGUAUUUACAAUAUUUUUUUAUUACUAUCUGUUUAUUUUUCAAUUGUCUACACCAAUCUCACUUAACGUAACUGUUAUACGCUGCCUGACAAAAAAGGUUAACAUAUCUGUUAAAAUAGCUUCAAUAAUUUUCGCAAGACGUAUUGAAUGCUCCUUAUUAAAUUAAUGUUUGAAAUUUCAGCUUUUCCAAUGGUCCGCCAUUGUUCUAUAGUAUUUGCCAUCUGUUCAAAAAUAGUACAAUGGCGGAUAAUUGGCUAUAUCUACUGUCGUUAAGGUCUAUAUAAGACCUUAACGUUAAGUUAAGUUAAGGUCUAUAUAAUAAGCUGCUAAUUCAACAGUCUGUGAUCAAUUAUGUUAAAUUGGAGACAAAUCAGUCGAACUUGGUGGCCGUAUUGAUCCACGUUCUCUAUAGAUUCUCUGCUAACAUGUGGUCUGGCAUUAGGUGAAGAUAUGGAAUGGAACUUACGGUUUUUGAAUAAAGCCACUAGCUUUAUAUAACCUCUAACAUUGAUCUGCUACCAUAUGCAAUAGCAUGUCAUACUAUAACCUCCAAAUUGUAGAUGUGCAAUCCUCCAUGUUGAUUUCACACCCUUACUUGACGAUCGUACAUCCCUAAAGCGGAGCACCAAAUUUUUUUAGCUGUAAGAAUCGGCACCCGAUGUGGAAAACAGACCAAAACGCAUAUCGAUCAUGAUUUAAAAUUGCCCAGGUGAUUCUAACCUCAAUAGACGAUUUUGUCGUUCUGUAGUCUCUCUAUAACGUCCAGAGCUUCUGGUUCUAUGAUCUGGGUCGUCUUGAACCCACGCACUUUAUAAGAGGCAAAGAACUGUUGAUCCAAUUCGAAACUUAUCGCUAAUUUCCGGUAGUUCAACAUUCCGACUUCUCUUAAAGUCACUUGGCUGUGACACCUGUGAAUUUUAGGCAUUUUGAUUGAACAGAUAUGCUUAAAAAUUCCAUUGUUUUCACCUAUUAUUGUCAGUCAGUAUAUGUAUAAACUAAGAAUUGAGGAGUUAAGUUAAAAUUUUGCUAUGAAACUGUUAAUACUACUCACAAGUACACUGUCUGAUGCACGUUUUGAUAACCAAGUUAUCGUCUUCAGAGACUGAGUUUCCGAAGACGUUAAUUUAAAUUAAUAAGACAAUGUAAUUUUUGUUUAGUGUAGUGGUGAUAGUGUAAACAGUGAGUUCAGUAAGAUUUGAAUUGAAAAAUUUAGAGGAGUUUGAUAAGUGAUCCCAUAUCAGGUACUGCUUUUCUUUGGCUUCAUCCUGUUUGGGAAAAUUGCUAAAAAAUCUGUUUAUAAAAGUAAAGAACCCUUAAUUCUUAGUGUAUUUAAAUUAUUAAAACUACUAUCAUUCAUUACUUUUCACAUUCCUUGUAGUAUUACUAGUUAGUAUUUGAUUAUAUAAGGUUUUGUUACUUUGAACAAUUUGGGGAUAUUUGAACUUCAAUUAUUGUAAUUCCAUCCCUUUAAUACGUACAUACGUCAUAUUUAAAUUGAUUUUAUUUUUGUUAGGCAUAUUUUAGAGAAGAUUGGAAAUAGCUAGAAGAAACGGAAAAACUUCUGUUUCUCUUAUUCAAAAAAAAUCUGUUAAAUCAAACAAUUUUUUUUUGUUUGAAGUUCGUUUGAAGAUAUUUGCAUAAAACAGCUUUUCUUGUUAUAAUUUUCAAAAUUUUAUGUAUUAAUGCUAGCAAAAAACCUAAAAAAGCCAGAAAUAUAUCUUAGAAUCUCAUCGAAGCAGAAUACAUCCGUAUACCUUUCAAUUCAACCAAAUAUUCUAUAGAUUCUAAUUUUAUGAAGAGAAAAGUACAUUAAAAAAAUUUUCUGACUGAAUUUGAUCUACAUUCUCCUCAAUUUUCUAUUAGGUCAGUAAUUUAUAAUUUUUUUCAUAUUAUCAUUUCCUCAAAACCAUAUCCAAGUAUUCCAAGAUUUUAUAUAGUGAAUUCUCACUACAAAAGUGGCAAUGUCACUCUGAAACCAAGAAACUCCUUAUUCUAGCUCAUUUUUUAUUUGGAUGGGUGUACUCAGGCUUCAUAUUUGAAUUUAUUCCAUUACUGUUAGGCAUGUUAGCAAAAACUAGAGAAGCCAUUAACAUUUAUGACUUUUUCCUUAAGACAAUUUAAUUCGUAUGUCUUUCAAUUUUGCCAAAUCUUCUAUUCUUUCUAAUUUUAAGAAAUAUCCUUUAAUUAGAUCACGUUUUCUCUUUUCUCUAGUGAGUUAUUUCUUCAUGAGUAGAAAUAUCACUAGAGAUACACAAAAAUCUUCGGUUAGACUAGCUGCAUACAGUUAACAGAAGUUUUUGAUCGUUGUUAUUACUAACUCUCUUCUCUGAAUUAUAUCAAUGAUCAUAUAUAGUUGAAUAAAUUUAAUAUAAUUGCAGUCAUCUGUAAUUGGGUGGGUAAAUAGAUUACGGCAACUAAAAAGUAUCAUUUUAAAACGUAUUGGUUUCAGAAAUGGAUACUUCUUACCAAUAAAAUCUUCCACUCAUUCAGUCUACUUCCACUUAAGACCUUGAUUCUUAUUUUGUAAACCUUUCUUUCAUCAAUCAUUCCAUAAUUAUCAAGCAACCUGAAGUGUCCACUACCUCCCUUUCUGCCCUUCUCGGUCCUGUGCCACUUAGAUCCAGUUUCCUUUAAUAUUUUUAGGUCAUCUGAUCAUCAUCAUCAAUCCCCAUUUAAAUUAUUUUAGCACCGAUUUGCCUCUUCAGGCGAAAAGUUACCUUUAUGUGAUUCUGAUGGUCUAUUCUUGCUAGAUAUCAUUUCCGUAUACUUUCUAUUGAAGGGGCACUCCGUUACUCCUCUUAAACAUAACUCCACAAUGCUUUGACUAAUACUGAGGAUAAAUUAUAUUCCAAACAUAUCGCAAUAUGUUGAUUGGAUCUGUUUUCAAUUGAUACUUAAUUUCUUCAGCAACUUCUUUAGGUAUACUCAGGCAACUCACUAAUUUCUCCUAACACGAUCUGAUUUUGCAAAUCCUUAAUUUAUCAGGUACUCUAUAAAUCUGCUUUUUGAAGAUUGUUUACAACCCCAGCUCUUGAUAUUUAUUUUUGGGUCUUGCACCUUUAGGUGAAUUCUUAAUAUUUCAGAUCUAUUUUCUCAGUUUUUGAGUGCAGUGUUUUAUAACUUGGUGCUUUAGUUUUACAAUAAAACAAAGUUGAUAUUAUUGCUUCAAUUUUUUUAAUGUCAUUAAUUGAUGCAACUAUAUUGUGAUUCAAAACAAAAAUUGUUGAAUAGCUCAAUUUCAAAUUUUUGUAUGAUUAUAACAAUUUAAUAUUCUUAUGAACCUGGUAUAUACUCAUGUUAAAAAAUUGUUUAUAUUUAAUAAAAAUUAUAUGAAUUGUUC